AUGGAGACGGAAACUUUGAACGGCGACAGAAAGCGGCCGCUGGAGAUCAAGACGGAGGAGCCCGAGCUGAAGGGCGCGUCGGUGAUUGUUCCCACGCGGACGCCGCAAUUGGCGUACGUGCCCUUGAAAACGGGUCUUUGCUACGACGUUCGCAUGCGGUACCACGCAAAGAUUUUCACCUCCUACUUCGAGUACAUCGAUCCACAUCCGGAGGACCCGCGCCGAAUCUACAGAAUAUACAAGAUCCUUGCUGAGAACGGAUUGAUCGACGACCCAACGCUGUCUGGUCGGACGCAGAUCGGCGACUUGAUGGUGAAGAUCCCUGUUCGAGAAGCUACCAAGGAGGAGAUUCUGCUGGUCCAUACGGAGGAACACCUCCAGUUCAUCGAGAGCACGCGCCAGAUGUCCAAGGAACAGCUCAUGGAGCUCACCGAGAAAAGCGACUCUGUUUACUUCAACAACGACUCGUUGCUGAGUGCCAAGCUGUCGUGCGGAGGAGCCAUUGAGGCCUGUCGGGCCGUGGUGGAAGGACGGGUGAAAAACGCCCUUGCCGUGGUGCGGCCGCCGGGUCAUCAUGCGGAGCCGGACGUGCCUGGCGGCUUCUGCUUGUUUUCGAACGUUGCGGUUGCCGCAAAAAGUAUACUCACCAAUUACCCUGAAUCGGUGCGCAGAAUCGUGAUUGUGGACUGGGACGUCCACCACGGAAACGGAACACAGAAAGCUUUCAUUGACGACCCGCGGGUGCUGUACAUCUCGCUGCACAGAUACGAGCAGGGCAAAUACUAUCCGGGCACCAAGGCUGGUGGAGCAGACCAGGUUGGAACAGGACCAGGGGAGGGGUUUAAUCUGAACGUGCCGUGGCCCGUGGGCGGAAUGGGUGAUGCAGACUACAUCUACGCGUUCAACAGGGUUAUCAUGCCCGUCUGCCACGAGUUUGCCCCGGAUUUGGUGAUCAUUUCGUCCGGCUUCGACGCCGCUGACGGAGAUAUCAUUGGAGGGUGCCAUGUUUCGCCAGCCGGGUACGGCCACAUGACCCACGCGCUCAAGAGUCUGGCCAAGGGUAACCUUUGUGUUGUUCUGGAAGGAGGCUACAACCUGGACUCUAUCGCGAACAGCGCGCUGCGUGUGGCCAAGGUUCUGUUAGGAGAGCCACCAGAAGAGUUCAAGCAGGUGCUACCGAAACCAGAGACCAUUGAGGUAAUUGACGACGUGAUCAAGAUCCAGUCGCAGUACUGGAAGACUCUCAAGCCGGGCUACGACGGUCAGGACUUCUCGAUACCCAACAUCAUGGGCGACUACGACGAGCUCGUACAAAAGAUGGACACUGUUUCUUUCGAGGAACUGGCGGCCAAGAACUCCAAGGUCAGCGACGCGGUGCGCUCUUACCACAAGCAGGAGCUGUUCGACAAGCGCCAAUUUGUGCAGCUGCCCGUGUUAUCGGACAAACAGCCGUACUUGCAGUCGUUGACGGACCUGAUUGUGUGCUCGCCGCAGGUGGCCGAGGCAGACAAGCUGGUGGUUCUUGUGCACGACUCGGCGCGGAUCUGGGCUCGCCGGGACCCUGUGACGGGCACGCUGGACUCGUCGUCGGCGGUGAUCGUGGACCAGUCGCUCAAGUUCCUGGACUGGGCCGCUGGCGAGAAGUAUGGCGUGGUGGACAUCAACGUGCCACAAACCAUCUCUGGGUCCGAGGAUGUGCAAUACAACAACGUGAACGCGGCCCAGGACGCGCUGCUAUACUUCUGGGACCACUACGUGCAGUACUUCAAGGUGAACAAGAUCGCGUUUGUGGGCUUUGGUGACGCGUACAACGGAGUGGUGCAUCUGUGCGGCCACAGAGAUGUGCGCAGUUUGGUGAAGUGUUCGGUGAAUUUCUUGGACAAACCAACGCCGCUGCGCGCAAUAGUAUCUGCCAUCGACGAGUCGGUGGUGGACUGGUUCUAUCAGAACUCGCUCGUGUUCACCGCAUACAAGCACUCGUGCUGGGGAGACGUGGAGAAGAACGGCAGUCUGAAGAAGCCGCGCAAAAAGUACGGCCGUGUGCUGCGCGCAGACGUGGACGGUCUGGACAACGUGGUGGAGGAGAGAUUCGAGGAGGCGUGCGACUUUGUCGUGGACUCGCUCGAGGACUACGAUAGCGAUAGCGAAUAA